UGUUGGAGCAAUGGCAAUUGCAGACUUGGUCAAGACCACCUCAGGUCCAAAGGGAAUGGAUAAGAUUCUGCAAUCAACAGGCAGAGGCCGGGAAGUUACUGUUACAAAUGAUGGUGCCACCAUCUUAAUAUCUCUUCAUAUUGACAAUCCGGCCGCUAAAGUCCUUGUCGAAAUCUCUAAAGUUCAAGAUGAUGAAGUUGACGAUGGGACUACAUCGGUUAUUGUUUUGGCUGGAGAACUUCUACGUGAGGCAGAGAAGCUGGUCAAUGCAAAGAUACACCCAAUGACGAUAAUUUCUGGAUAUCGAAUGGUAGCUGAAUGUGCAUGUGAUGUUCUAUUACAGAGGGCAAUGGAUAACAAAGACGAUGCAGAGAAAUUUACGUCUGACUUGAUGAAGAUUGCAAAGACUACUUUGAGUUCCAUAAUAUUAUCUCAAGAUAAGGAACAGUUUGCCCAGUUGGCUGUUGAUGCUGUUAUGAGGCUAAAGGGCAGCACAAACUUAGAUCAAGGAAAUGCUAACCUUUCCAGGUUAGUGCAGAGCUUAAGCCAGAAAAGUGUGAUCAGUGGUUCAAUGGUUCAAGGGUCCAGUAUCAUUAAGAGGUUGUUCAAUCAGCCUUUGCCGUGUACACCAAAUAAAUCAUCGGUUCCGAAAACGCUGCCACAAGGGAUUUCUUCUCCAACUGGAAAAUGCGCAUCCUCAAUUGAAGUGUCUUCAAAUGGGGGCUGCAGUAACAGUACCACACCUCAAGAGGCUACCCCAACUCACUGCACUUGUCUGUUAGAGAUUGCGUUGUUGCGACUUCUGAAGUGGAAGGCCCGGUGGCGGUCACUCGUGGACUCCGCCAUUGGACUCGCCAGAGAUGUUGCGGUCGAGGGGCGGCGCAAUGGCAAGGUAGAGGAGAUGGAGCGUGUGAAGCGAGGGUAA